GAGGUUCUGUCCGAUGGAGAGGAUUUCAGAGAACGUACGGAUAUCAAGACUGCAGCUGAACAACUGAGUUCACGUAAAGAGGAAACUAAGCCACAAAAGGAAGUGCAACAGGUAUCGAUAAACCCAGUGUGUGCAAAAGACCAAGAAUCACUGCAAACUGGGCAACUCGUCAAAGAGCUGGAACAAACACAAAGAGAAUUGUCACGAAUCCAACAGCUGAACAAGACUCUACAGAAAGAACUGCGACAAGAAAAAGAGAUUAACUCAGGGAAACUUCUUCAUGUGCAGAAUGACACCAAUUCAUCUCCAGAGACUUUCCAGCGACUGCAGAGGAUAAAUCACAACCUCCGUAUGGAGAUUGAAGAACUGAAGAGGAGUCAGGAGGAGGCCCGGGAGGCAGAGCUUCGGCGAAGGGUCGACCUCUUGGCCCAGCAGGCCCAGCUUCUGGUUACAGGAGAUGCUACAGCGCUCGCUCAAAUGCAUCUGGAGCAGGAUCGUCAGCGGUUUCUGGAGCAGCAGCAGGAAUGGGAGAACCGUGUGGCUUCUCUAAAGGCUCAGCUGAAGGUCAGUGAAGAGAAAAGGAAGGAGACCGAGUCCCAGGUGAUCCAGCUGCAGCAGGAGCUGCAGAGUCAACAGGGCCUCCAAAAGGAGGCCGAACAGCUGCAGAAAAACCUCCAGGAGAUGUCGGCUCAGCUUCGUGCUUAUGAAGAAGCUCAGGCAGAGAAAGAGGCCCGGCUGCAAAAACACCUCUUGCUCCUUCAGGCGAGUCAGGAGAGAGAAAGAAGGAGCCUGGCUGCCAGCCUGGAUCAGGCAGAGCAACACUCCCAGGACCUGCAGGACAAACUGGAGAGGGCCGAGCAACAGCUGGAGAGCCUGACCAAGACCAAGACGUGGACAAAGCAGAUCGAAGAGGCGCAACAGCAGCUGCAGGAGGAGUUAGCAUCUACCCUGUCAGCCGUCCAGCAUUUGCAAGAGGAACGGGAACAGCUGCAUCAUCGCUGUCAGGAGCUGCAGAGCCAGCUGUCAGAGGCUGACAGGGAGGUGGGAAGGCUGCAGGGUCGGCUGAAAACAGAGGAGACCCACUACUAUGACCUGGAGCACUCAUACGAGAGAGUCUGUGAAGAGCUGCAGGUGGCAUUAGGUAAGAUGCAGCAGUGGGAGUCUGAAACCGAGGAAAUUCGGGAAGGCUACGAAAGACUGCUGGACAGGAAGGAGCAGGAGCUGAGUGAGGUGCUGCUGAAGAUGGAGGUCUUAGGUAACAGCUUAGAGGAGACAGAAGUGAAGUUGAACGAAGUGAUGAGAGUUUGUACCUGUUCUUCUCCUCAGUUCAAGGAAAAGGGCCACCAACAAACUCUUGAACCUCACAGCUCUCAGUUGAUGAAGGUAGAAUCCGGUAGAACUCGAUCUCGCUCAGUCGAUGCAUCGUCCCAUCACAUUUCCACUGCAGGGGAUGAUCCAGAAAAAUUUAUGUCUGUAAUCCAGCUGCUUGAAACUAAGCUCUUCCUCAGCGAGGAGAAGCUUAGAGGCAUCACUGAGAGACUGAAGGAUCACCAGGGACACAUCAGCUGCCAGGACCCCCACCUCUGCUCCCAGUUGACCCAAAGCCGAGCCACAUCCCAGCACCUCAGCCUGCUGCUCCACAGCCAGGCCAAGCAGAGCCAGCGCUUCGCCCAGGAGACGGAGGCCCGCUGCAGGAUGCUGGUUGGACGGUUUCAGGUGGCUCUGAACGUCGUCCAGGCCUGCAGGGAGAGGCUUCAAGCCACUCCGGUUAACGUCCCAGACAUGGAGAGGCAGCUGGCUGGGGUGGCUGGCUGCCUUCAGCAAGGGGAGAAGGAUGCAGAGAGACUCCAGCAGGAGUCACGGAAUGCAUGCAAGGAAGAAGGGAAGAUCCUCAGUGAUGAUAAACUAGUUGGAGCUGAGGGAGACAUUGUUUCUAAACUCACAAACACCCGGACUUUGCAUGAUAUUUCAGAUGUUGAGAAGUAUGUAAUCAAUGAGCUGUUUGUUGUAGAGAAAAUGCUUUCUGUCCUGCAGAAUCAAAAUGGGAUCUGUGAGUUAUCUGCAGGCAGAAAGGACGAUAAAGGUGAUUUGGUUCAAGGUUACAAAACCUUGAUUUCCCAAAUCCUGAACUUAAAAGCUGAGGAAAAGAUGGAGUCUAGGAGAACCGGAUGCAACAGUGAGCAGCUUCUAGAGAGCAUGAUUGGUAGGUUUUGUGCUGAAGCUGAGCUUCUUUAUGCUGCUCUUAAACUUCAGCAAAAAAACGUGACUCAAGUAAGCAUUCACGAUCAAAGGGAAGGCCUGGCAGAUCUCAGUCCCUCUGAGUUGUCUUUCUAUGAUGAGAAGGCUAAAGAUUUAGCCAGACAUGUAGCACAAAGCACAACAAAUCGAUUUGGGGAUAAAAAGGUUGAGAAAGGGAGAGAAAGAGGUUUGUUAGAACAAAUUGUGUCUCGGUUGCAAAAUCGAGCUAGAUUCCUCUGCCAGGUGUGCCAGGAGAUUUCUGCUAAUAACACACACGUCCAAGAAAGUAGGGACUAUAGCGCGGACAGAGUUUCUGCAGCUGAUUGGAUUUUUUUGCAGGAGCAGGUGAAGAUGAUUUAUUUGUCCGACAGGCUUCAUUUAGACAUAAAACAAGAGUUUCAGCAAAGGAAGGCAUCUCAGGGCAACCUGCAAGAUCUUUGCAAAGAGGGAGAUUAUAGCAUGAUAGAUGAGCAGGAUGUUUUAAAUGAAGCCUUGAACCAGCUUCAGGAAGAUAACAGUGCACUAAGAGAGGAACUGGAGCGUGCCGAGCAGAAGAUAACGUCGGCAGAGACCGGAAACCAAAGACUUCUGGAAGACAUGCAGAAAAUCGAGGAUUAUCACAAGGAGCGGAUACAGAACCUAGAGGCAGAGUUUCAACAGAAGAUAAAAGAACUGCAACAGAUUCAUGAGGAGGAGAUGAAGCAGCUGCAUGGCUUCUACUCCAAAUCUUGUUCUUCUAAAGAAAAACAGAACAAAUUCUGCACAGAGGAGGUUUCUCCUUUAGUAGAAGGACCCUCCACUCCUCCUGCCCAGGCUGUGGCAGAGAGUAAAGCAAAUGGAGCUAUCAUGAGAGAGGCUUACCUGAAAGAACUGGAAAAGUUGCAGCAGCAGUGGCGAUUCCUCAUUAAAUUCUAG